ACCCACUUGUACUGCUGGAACUCCGAGGUGCUCAGGUAGCUCAGCUGUAUUUUGUGCCGGUUAUCGAAAGGAGAUGCAAGGGACGCCACUGUGAGUGUAUCAGGGAAAGGUUUGGAGGGAGGGAUGAGCUGGGUUUUGUCACACAGCUCUGCUUGUUCCUCUGUGUGACCGUGAGAGCUGCAGACUGAAGGGUACACGUCUGUUCUGAGGGAUGGGCUGGUGUGUAGCUGGGCACCCUCGGGGUUGGAAUGGAUUUGGCCAAGUUAAACUUGCAAAGAAAACAGAACUGUUGUUUAAAGUAAAUCACACGUCGAACAAAUAGAUGUGAGUUGCUUAUCAUGCAUUUCUACACUCAUGCAUCCAGCUAACGUGGGCUCCCAGCACCUGGCCUGGUCCAAGUGCUGCAUUGAGCAGCUUCUUCAGUCUGGAAGCAAAACUACUUGAACUUGGUGUUUGAGAGGAGAAAAAAAAACGUGCAGUUGAUCUGCUUUGUGUAGAAGAUGCUGAUUUAGGGAAAGGUUUAUUAAAUGGAGUGUCUUCUCAUACAUUUAAGUCCACUGAAAAGUUCUAAUUCUUGGCAGGAAUAAAAUGGAAGGGAUACUUGCAGUGCUUCUGCAAUAGGACUUAGCUUUUGCUUUCCAGUCUGUGCUGAACAAUGCAGAUGUAACAGCCUAACCUUCAGACUGCUGAUUCUCUGAACAAUCAGUAUUUGUGCAAAAACUUUACUUUCAGGAUUCAGAACAUGACCUUCAUUGGAACCCAGGGACAGCAUGUGUGUGGGAGGCACCUUCCAGCAGUGAGGAUCCUGGGUAGCCUUGCUCCUUUCUGCCGAUUGAGGGGCUCUGUGGGUUUGGCUCUUCAACACGAGAGCCCUAAAGGGGGUUGAGUGCUCUUGGAAGCCCGGUGUUAUAUGUAGUAGCAAGAACUCUGUCACCUGGAAUUCAGAGAGCAUCAUCCGGCAGCUGCUCUGAUCCCUCCAAGCAUUCCCAAGGGCUGUGGUAAGUGAUGCACAGCUUGUAAGGGAAAUAAGGAAGGAAAUGGCAAGUUCUCUGGGUUGGUUGAGAUCCCACCUGUGUCGCUGUGCCCUCUGCAGGUGCUGCAGGCACUGAUUCACGAGGGCCUUCUGGACUUAUGCUGCUAAUUAAUGCCACUGGGCUGCAGCCUUGCAAGGAGAAAUCAACAGGCUCUAAUUAGUCCUUAUACAAUCAGCGCUGUUCAUCCUCUGAACAUGUUUCUAAUGCUGGUAAAACCUCGCAACCUCUUCUAAUGAAGUCAGCAUCUCUCUAACAGCUGGGGAGAGGCAGAGACCCUUCUGGAGGUGUUUUCAGUCUGAGAAUGAGCAUCAGCAACACAGGUUUUGCUGCCUGGAGAGCUGUGGGUGCCCUAUCCCUGGAGGUGCUCAGGGCUGGGUUGGAUGGGGCCCUGGGCAGCCUCAGCUGGUGAUGGGCAGGUAGCUCAUGGCAGGGGUGGAAACUGGGUGGGCUUUGAGGCAGCCAGGCUGCCAGUCUGCCUUCUUAUCGCUGUCUAUUCCAAAUAAUGAUGUUAAAAAGAAAUCCUUCCAAAAGAAGCAGCAAACAUGCAUUGCUAAUCAGCCAAAGUCCUGCCAAGCAAAUCUAUUGUUUCACUGCCUGUCCCCAGUCAAAACCCCACACUCAGCAGCCCCGGGCCCCAUUCUGCCAACUAAGCACGGCUGUGCAAAGCCCCAGCUCCCACUGCUUUGUCCCAAAAGUCCCGUGGCAGCAGCCCCACUGCCCAGCCCAUAUAUAGCAGGGCGGCCUCGUGUGCUGUGGGGUUGGGUCAGCUUCUGAUUUAUGGUCCUGGAGAGCAGCCAUCAGGAAAUGUCUCAGUACUCAGGAAAAGUAAGUAUGGCCUCACGCCAGGACGGGCUGCUGUGGGGUGAGGGCUGGGUGACGUCCCACUCAGGUGCAAUUUAAGCACAGCAGGGAUGGGGAGGGUGCCGGGGAUGGGAGUGUAUUUGUGAGCAGGGCUUUGUGUUUGAUUCUUCAUGCUGGAAACCAUAGAAUGAUUUGAGUUGGAUGGGACUCUUAAAGGCCAUCUGUUCCAACCCCCCUGCAGUGAACAGGGACACCCGCAGCUCCAUCAGGUGUUCAGAGUCCCGUCCAGCCUGACUUUGGUGUCUCCAAGAAUGGGGUACCCACUGCCUCUCUGGGCAGUUUGUGCCAGUGCCUCACCAGAAUGCUUGUAAGGGGAUGUGUGCAUGCUCUGAUAGGAAAGAGGCUAAAACCACGCUGACCCCAAAAUGAGGCACCAGUGAGAGGUUCCCGUUGGAUGGCAACUAGGGUCCUCACCUCCGUCCUCUCCUCCCCGCCCCAGAUCACUUUCUAUGAAGGGAAAUGCUUCUCAGGCAGGAAGCUGGAGGUGUGCAGCACCUGCAGCAGCUUCCAGCAGCGAGGCUUCCCCCACCGCGUCAACUCCAUCCGCGUGCAGAGCGGGGCCUGGGUCUGCUUCGACCAUCCCCAGCUGCACGGGCAGCAGUUUGUGCUGGAGCACGGUGAGUACCCGCACUGGCAGCGCUGGAACGGCCACGGUGACCGCAUGGGCUCCUGCCGACCUGUGGGCAUGCACGGGCAGCACUACCGCAUCGAGCUGUUUGAAGGGAGCUGCUUCGGCGGCCGCAGCAUGGAGCUGACUGAGGACUGCUCCUGUCUGCAGGGCCGGGGCUGGGAGCAGCCCCACGUCAACGCCAUCAGGGUGUAUGGGGAUGGCGCGUGGGUGCUCUAUGAGGAGCCCAACUACCGAGGCCGCAUGUAUGUGGUGGAACGGGGCGAGUUUGGCAACUUCCAAGCGUGGCAGGGGCUCAAUGCAAGUGUCCAGUCUGUCCGGAGGGUCAUCAACUACUUCUAGCUGAGACCAUCAGACCAUCCCAUUGGAGCCGGGCUGCUGGACGUCACCCCUUCAACUCACUGACCCAUGGAAUAAACUGUACAAUAUCAAA